AUGCCGAAGAAAGAAGUCUAUAGAAGCAAGCAGAAGCUAUCGUGUGAAGAGAAGCGAAAAAUGACCUCGAAUGAAAAACAUCAGCCAUACCGUUGUUGUAAAGAGACUGCACGCAUUGAAGAACCACGUAAACAAUAUGUGAAGGAAGGUGACUUGUGCCGGCAGUUCAAGGAUGCUGUUCACAUCGGUAAAACUCUUAAGGAAGGAAUAAUGUACGAUUUCGAUAUCAAAUAUAUCGAGAAGCGCGGUAAAGCCAGUCAAUACAUGGCUGAGGAAUUUGCAUAUUGGAUGAUGGAAGAUCCUAGAUAUAAGGACCACUUUCGUGGAAGCAAAGAAAACUUAUUCAAGGUGGGACAAUUUAGAGUAGUGUAUUGA